AUGGGUCGGUGGGGCUUGGGAGCGCCCGCCGACGUGCCCGACUGGCGCAGGGACCAGUUCCAGGCCCCAGAGGCGCCGCCGAUGCCCCGCAUCGGCCCCGGGCAGCGGAACGUCAAGGUGCCUCAGCAGUGCGUCGGGAAGAUCUUGGGGAAGAUGGGUGCUUCGGUGAACGAGAUGCAGGCCCAGACCCGGUGCGACAUCAAAAUGAAUCAGGACACGAAGGAGCACGGGUACAGUUUCGCUGUGAUCACCUCGGUGGAGGACCUGGACGCCUGCGAGAAGCUGAUCCUGGACCUCCUCUGCCUGGUCGUCGGAGUCGCGGGCGAGCUGCGCAGCGCCCUCGCCUCUCUCAGGCCUGCGACUCCUCGAGCCUGGGCGUCUUCCACCCGACGAUCGUCAGGUCCCUCGCGCUGCUGA